AUGGCGGCAGUUGGCGUUCUUUUGCUUACCAAUUUCUUGCUCUGGUCAUCGAUAUCCGCUAUCUACACACCGGACUGGGCUUCGUUGGAUACAAGGCCACUUCCAGAAUGGUACGACGAUGCCAAGUUUGGCUGGACAGCCCAUUCAGACGGUGCCACGACGACAGCCCCGAAGAUACAGUGGUGGAAGCUCGAAGGGAAGCUGAAAGAAGCGUUCAAAAUGGCAGUUACGAAGAAAAAAAGACUAAAGAAGACUGGAGUAGGAAAGUGGACGAAGUAUGGAAGAAUUUUCAUGCAUUGGGGAGUUUAUUCAGUACCAUCGAUUGGCUCAGAGUGGUUCUGGUACCAGUGGAUAGUUGACGGUCGAAAGGACUACAUCCAGUACAUGACUAAAAACUACAAGCCUGGCUUUCAUUACGCCGAUUUUGGCCCGAUGUUCACAGCCGAAUUGUUCGACAGCGACCGCAUUGCGUCAAUAGUAAAGCAAUCCGGAGCCAAGUAA